UUUAAUGCUUCGUUUGCAAAAGCCAAUACUCUAACUAAAGUGUGUUGAAAAAUGUGUUAAUUUGAUCAUUCUCAUCUGUUCGUAUUUUUCGAAAAAAGAUUUAAUAAUAUUUUGUGUAAAUGAAUGCAGCACAUCGAGAUUGUAUGCAUGUUAAGCGAAUUUGUAUGUGCGUUGUUGUCGUUGUCGAAAAAAAAAAUCAGGGGCAUUUUAUCAGCACCCGUUUUUAAAAAGUAUCUAAAUUUUGAUUGAGUUGAUGGGGAUUUGUCUGCUCUGACAAGUUGCAGUGGUCCACAAAAUUUUAACGCCAAUAUGAAUAACUACCAGCAGCAACAACAACAGCAACAGCAACAACAACAACAACAACAGCAGCAACAACAGCAGCAUCAACAUGCCCUGCAUCAAAUGCAACGUCAAAAUGUGCAUCAGCAAUUUGCACCCCAACAUACACAGUAUGUGUAUGGGGAUCCAACGGCUGCACCAGCACCCAGAGCCGACGGAUUCACUGUGUAUCGAAUUACACACGGCGAUUAUUUGAUGAAUAACUACAAUAAUUAUGAAUUGUUUUCGAACAAUACGUUUAUCCCUCCACAUCAUACGAUGCAACAGCCACCACCGCCACCACCACCACCACAUCAGUCGCCGACCCAAGAGCAUGCAUUUUACCAUCCUGCAAAUAAUCUGUCGAUGGGCGAUCGUUAUAUGGCCGAUGCAAAUAGUACGAAUUUCAUAAAUAGUUUGGUUGAUAAUUGGAUUCCAAAUAUGACUGGAAUGCCAUUUGGUGAAUACACACCAUUCGGUGAAUCACCGUUGCCACCACAGAAUAUGGCAUCAACGCACAAUACAAAUGCCAAUGUCAACAACAUCACCGCCACUGCUGCAGCGGCCGCUGCCGCUGCAAGCGCUGCAACUGCCACUUCGAACAACUUAAGUUCCAACGCCGAAAUUCGUGACGAACUAAUAAAUACAUGCGCCGAUAACAUAAAUGCGCCAAUUAUAAUUAUCAAUGAACAAGAUCUACAAAAUGGAAACCAUUGCAAUAUUGAAAAUGUUGGUACGAUUAAAAUCAAGAAUCCAACGUUGACCGAUUGCAAAGAAACGUUCGCUCAAAAUAAUUUGCACUCGAUUAAUAAUGCACAAGCAUCAUGUACCAAUGGCAAUUUUCAAUGCGAUAACACGAAUCCAAUCAAAUCGACAUCGGAUGUGAAAAAACCACGAAUGAUUGCCGAAGUGAAACCGAUGCGUAUGUCCUAUUCCGAUGUAUUAAGUAAAAAUGUGUUCAUCAAAGACGAUCUGUCUGAAUCGCACAUCAAUAAUAAUCGAAAUUCAAAUAGUUCAAACAAUUUUUCAAAUGGCUCAUCAAAUGCGAAUCCAUUGCAAAAGGCGUCGAAGCGAGGGGAAAAUCAUCUGGAAGCAUCGAAAUCCGAUAAGUCAAAGAAUUCAAUGAAUGCCAACGAUAAAAAAAUGGCCAACCAGCAUGAUGACAUCAAAGACUAUGCGACGUCAAAUUCAAAAGGCAUAAAAAUUGCAUCGAAUUCAUCAUCGACGAUGCAAAAUUCGGCGAGUAUAAAAAGUUCGCCGAGUUUCGAUAGUGAUUCGAAACCAAGUGAAUAUGAUGGAAAGCAAUCGAAGAAAAAGUCGACUUCAAAUAUGAAUCGAAGCACGAAAAACGCAGCAUCGGAUUUUUUGAAUAAACGGCGUUCACAAACUGAUUUAAAUGCACCACCGACAAAAGAUGAAAGUGAUAAAAACAACUCACAAAACAAUGGCUAUUUUUAUAAUAUCACCAAAAAUGAGCCAUCUAGCGCUGACAAACCAUUUGCAAGCUAUGCAAAAAACAACAGUCAACAAAGAAAAAGUGCUUCCAAUAAAUCAUUUUCUACCACAUCAUCGUCGUCGUCGAACCGAAGCAAUUUAACUCGCACCGAAAAAUCCAACGUCUACCAGCCAAAACGCAGCAAUAAAACACGCAAAAAUAAUACAUACGAAUUCAUUUUUAAAUUGGCAAACGCUUGGUUUAAUUACAUGCUGUUCUUUUUCAAAUGGCUAGUUGCACUGGUUGCCGAUGUAUUUAUGCUGAGCGUUGGCAUUAUUUGGGAUCAUUUUUCAGCCGCCUACGAUUACUCGUGUCAAAUGUUUUCUACGUUACGCAGUGAAUUAACAAACAAUUCGGGACGACCAUAUGCCUAUUUUACUAGUUUAUGGCAAAAAUUCGAUAAUAAAUUUGGUAAAGAUUCAAAAUGGGCCAUUUGGCGAAGACUAUUUUCAAAGAAAAAACCACCCGAUACCAUACCCGAUCAUUUUAAAAAUGGCAGAUUACCUCAAACUGGUGACGAAGCAAUGUAUUCACUAUUAAAUUGUAAAGGCAAAGAUGCGUACAGUAUACUUGGCGUUCAAUCAGAUUGUUCGCAGGAGCAAAUACGAAAACAUUAUAAAAAAAUUGCCGUUCUAGUUCAUCCGGAUAAAAAUAAGCAACCUGGUGCAGAAGAAGCAUUCAAAAUUUUGCAACGUGCAUUUGAAUUGAUUGGUGAACCGGAAAAUCGAAAGUCUUACGAUCAAGGUGUUGCUGAAGCAUUGAAUGCUGAAAAGGCUUGGUCAGAGCUGAAUGAUUUACUGAAACAGUUACAAACAAAAAUCGCCGAAGCAGUAAAUACAAUUAGAUGCAGUAGCUGUGGAUCCCGACACCCUCGUAAACCGACCGGCAGACCACAUUACGCUGCUAGACAGUGCAACACUUGCAAAAUUCGGCAUACUGCACGCGAGGGUGACAUUUGGGCAGAAACAUCAUUUUUCGGAUUAAAAUGGAAAUAUUUAGCGCUAAUGGAAGGAAAAGUACUAGAUAUUACUGAAUGGGCCAAUUGUCAAAAGGGAGCAUUAUCACAUCUGCAACCAAAUUCGCAUAUCGUUCAAUAUCGCAUUGUGCUGGGACAGCAACAACAACAGCAACAAAGUCAACAGCCUCACUAUCAGCAAGAAAAGGAGAGAUUAAAGCGAGAGCAAACAACUGAACCUUCAUUGGAUGAAAUUCUAGAUUCUCUGUACAGUGGCCAAAAUCCGCAAAACUCAAAUGCUGGCGGGAAUACUGGAUCACGGCGUCGAAAUCGUAAAAAUUAAACAACCAUAAUACGUAUUAGAUCAGAACAUAAAACUCCAUAAAACGUAUAAAUUAAGUGGAAUACAGCAACAACAAAAAAAAAACUGCAGAGAGAGAGAGAGAGAGAAAUGAAGAUAAAGGAGGAAGAAGAAGUAGUAACUGUAUUCAAACUCUCAUUGACACAUACAUGUGAAUCGUUUAGACGAAUAAAUGUACCGAAAAUGAUUUUA